CUAUUGUUCUUUCGUAUAUCUCUACCUGGUCGUCAUCGUCGCCGCUGUCGUCGGCACAGGGAGUCUUCUUAUUAUUUUGAGUUCCCAGCUUCAAAGGGGUUUCCUUCUCUAAGUUCUGCGGUGGUGAUGCCAUUGCCUUCUUUUCUUUCUCUCUUUCUUUUUCUGACUAAAGACCGGGGGUUGCCGAGUUGCAAAGAUAAAAGAUUGUUCUCCGGGGGUAGUGGUGGGUCGAGCUCGAGAGGAUCAGGGAGUGGGAUGGCUGUUAUUCGUUUCACGAGUACUUGCGUCGUCGAUACGGUAUCCAGAUUGGAACAGGACAGGAAACCCCCUUCACUCUGAGGAGAUGCAUAGCUAGGUUGCAGAAUACAUUCUGAGUGGUGGACUGCAUGAUAUGAAUCCCUUGCUUCCACGUAGUCAGAGUCGACCGCGCUGCGCCAUGCCCGAGUCACCUUAGGGUAUCUAGGACGGGUCAGACAAGCACAGACAGUGAGCUCCUGAAAUCCUAAGACUGGCUUGCUAGCUAAGGUAGGUAGCUAAAGAUGGAUGGAAAGAGAGAUAGCAUGAAGUGAGCUAGCAUUGCGUCAAGCCCGCUCAGACAGUUAACAUCUGCACAUGCAAAGUGUUACAUCUCAGGACCA